GUUUACUAAUGUUUUCUUCUUGUCUUUUAAUCUAGAUAGGUUUGCUAUUUGGUGUUAAUAUCAUCAGAUUUAUGACCUGUGGAGUUGCUGUAGAGUAAAUGAGGAUUAUAAUUUAGAUAAAUGUUUAAAUUCAGGCAAUACAUGAGUUGAUUCUUGGAAAAAAACACUUCACCUCUGUGGGAAAUGGGUUUGAAAUGUGUUAAACAACAGAAAAAUACUGAACUGUUGUGAAAUGUAAAGAACGUCUCCCUUAAAUGGCAAGAAAGAUUUUUUUUAAAAGUGUUAAAUGAAGCAACAAUUAAUCACAACCAAAAAAAAGGGUCUUAACGUUUAAGAAGCAACAUUGUUACACAUCCUACUGAGUUUCUGGGAGAACGAUGAGCUCCAGUCUCAGUCUUCAAGUCCUAAACUCUGAAUCCAAACCUCCAUGCAUGUUUAUGUAUUAAUCUUUACUUCAAAUCGACGUGUUUAUGUUUCAAAAGUUAGUUUUUAAGAAAAAAAAAACAUUGACAAUAUUUUAAAAAAUCUUAUUUGUCUAGUUUAUACUGGUCGUAAAAUAAACUACAUUUCUUCUCAAGGAAAUGCAGAUUAAAUGUGUUCACUUACUGUUUUCUAAACAUCAAAUUCAUUUUUUGUAUUUUCUUAUUUCACCAAAAAGUGGUCAAAAGGUCCACUUUUAAAGAGUUUGGCUGCUGGUUCAUUUAUCCAUUCAGAUCCAUGAUGGAGGCUCCGCUCUGACCGGCGGUAGAGUUUAUCUGCAUUCCUUUUUUAUUAUAAUAUUAGUAAUAUUCCAGUUGUAAAGUGCAAUCAAGACUGAAAGGAUUAAAGUUCAUGAGAAAUCUGAACUUUUCCCUCUUUAUAUCUUACUUCCUUUAAACACGAACAUACCAGGAAAUGCUUUUAUUUUGCAGUAACAUCCUUAUAGAAGAGUUAGAACAGAAAGUUACACUGAGCAUUCAUCUGUGUACACUCCAUUAAAAUGGAAACAGCUUUUUACCUCUUUGUCCUUGGAGCCAUCUCAAGUUUGACUGAAGCAGCUGGAAUUUUACCAGAUGGUCCUUUGAAUGCAUCUGUAGGAGGAUCAGUGAUGAUUAACACAACUCUGACUGAAGCAGACGGACCAUUCAACUCAGUAGUCUGGAACUUUAAUGUAACCAGCUUUAUAAUAAGCUACAAUCCAAGUUCAACUGAUAUUGAUCCAACCUCUCAGGACAGGAUCACCUUUGAUCCAUCUACAGCAUCUCUGGAGCUCAGAAAUCUGACCCUGGAUGAUGGAGGAGAGUAUAGUGUUACUGUUGUACCAAAUGGGGUAGGAAGAAUCAAUCUGGACAUUUAUGCUCCAAUCUCCUCUGUAACAGUAACUCCUCAGAGUGCAGACUUGCUUGAGUUCAGCUCUUUCAGUCUGACCUGCUCCUCCUCUGGUUCCUCGCUGUCCUUCAUCUGGAUGAACAGCAGCUCUGAGGUUACAUCCAGUAACAGAGUUCAAAUCACUGAUGGAGGCUCCACUCUGACUGUAGUCGAUGUGACUCGCUAUGAUGAACAAUCAUACAGAUGUCGAGUGUUUAAUCCUGUCAGUGAAGGCAUCAGUGAUCCAGUCAACAUCUUAGUCAGCUAUGGACCAGAAAAUGUCCAUCUGACAGUGUUUCCAUCACAGGGAAACUUCGAAGAAGGAUCGAACAUUACUCUAAAGUGCUCAACUGAUUGUAGACCUUCUGCUCAACUUAUGUGGUUUCUGAAUGGAGCUCAGUUGCCAGACUUUGGAGCAGAGCUGAGUCUGAUGAACUUCCAGAUGAAUCAGAGUGGAAGCUACAGCUGUCAUGCUUAUAACCCCAGAACGAUGAAAUAUCAAAGAUCUCAGUUUGUAAACAUCUCUCUUCAGAAAUCUGAAGGUCUUUCAGCUGGUGCUAUAGCUGGAAUUGUAAUUGGAUGUUUAUUCAUCUUACUUACUGCAGUUGCUUUAGGAUACUAUUUCAUUGUCCGACGAAAAACUUCUAAAGUUAAAAAACGAUCAAGUGCUACUGGUGCAAGGUCAAGUUCCCAACCUGCUGGUGCACGGGGUCCUAACGAUCAUGACUAUGUCAACAUGGAUGAAAUACUGAGAAGAUAAUGUCAAACCAGUGAAUUUUGUGAUGAGGUUCUUGGUGAACGGUUUUACAACCAUCAUUAUUGUUGAAACAUUACCCUGUUUUGUGUCUUAGUAAUGAUGUUGCUGUUAUCUUUAUUUAAAAUAAUGUUUUUCUGAGUCUUUAAUUUGCUCAUGUGAUUUUGAGUUCUCCAAUAAAGUUGUUCUGUAAAAUCUCUAUAAAUUGUUUGAAAUAUUUAUUUUUUGGAGUAUGGUGAAACUUUAAAUAUUUUUACUGAUAUACAGACUGAAUCAAAGUUGAUACAUUGGAUAAUAUGGUUAGUUUUAGCUGACAACAAUGUUAGCCUGUGUAAUUUUAACAUUUCUGUCAGAUUUUCUCUUUGUUUUUUCUGCAUUUUUUCUAAAACCAAGGAUACUUUCUGUCCUUGUUCACAUGAAAAUACAUUUUAAACUUGUCAUGGAAGCAGCUCUUGAGUCUCCCAAAUUGGAAAAUGACCAAUACCGUUCCUUUUUACAUCAGGAGGGAUACUGUAGCUUUGCCUAUUUCAGGGCAGUGUUGGAUUAUAUAAGUUCGCUUCCUCCCACUCCCUUUCAAGCGAUCUAGAUGUAAUUCAAUGUGAUGUGUUUUUUUUUCAUGUAUUACUACUGAUUGCUUGAAAUAAACCAUUCAAUUCAUUUAUUCAGUUUCAUUGCUCUGUUGUCGAUCUUACAAAGAUAUUGUUGUUCUGAUUCAGUCUGAAGUGCAUUGAACUUUUUACUCAUUUUUACUCCUGUUCAUCAGAUUCUAGAGUGGAUUUCUUUCUCUUUUAGUUGUUGCACUAUAGGUAACGGAUGUUGUUGAGCAGUUAUCUGCAAAAACUUGUCAUUUUUUUCCCUCCUGAUGAUCAUUUUUAGCUUAACCCCUCCAACUUUAACACCAACUUUAGACUUUCUUUGCUUGAAUUUUCUUGACAAAUGUCCCCACAUCUUUAAACCUGAUAUAUGAGGUUUUGAAGGGAUGAAUGCCCAUAAAUGAGACUUUCUCUUGAAUGGCUUCAUGAUUUUAUAAACUGUACUGCAUUCUUUGGAAGUAAUAUUGAAAAUCUUGAAAAGUUUUGGUUACCAUGACUGGAGGUUGCAAAGUUUCUUCCUUUGCAUCAUCAUCAGACGCACUGAGGUUGUCUUGAAAGUGACUUCACAGACUGCAGGGAGCUUUAUUUCUAUCCAUCAAUAGACUCUCAAACUGAGCAUCUGCAGUAACCCCAUGUACAUAUACAUUCCCAGUACCCACAAUAUCUCUUUGGAUGUUGAGUUCUCUGACUUGUCUUCUUUUGGAAACUGUACAUGUUUGUUUGUUCUGUUUAUUUUUUAUCAUUUUAUUCAUGACAAACCAUUUUAAACCCAGAUAAAAUACCAAGUCACACCUGUUGUUUUCUUCCUCAACAUGUGCAAUAAAGUUGACAAAUUGAGCUUGAUGUUGUUCCUCCAUCUAUAUCAUUUUGUUAUUGCAGUGCCCUUCAGUAACUCUUUUCUGACUUGUUCCUGUCUGGGUAACACUUUACUGUUCUUCUUCCUCAUCACUGCAAUCUGAAUAUCCAUCAUCAUACGCGUAUUCAUCCCUCAUCAUCUUCAUCUUCUGCCCUUUAUCACUCGUAUCACCAUCCUGUAUCAUACUGAUGAUAUGUUGGAUGUUCUGUUUUUUCUCUCUUCUUCCUCUAGUCUCACAUCUACUGAUCAUCAAUAAUAAACUGGUCUACAUGUCGCAGCAAAUGUGACUUCAGAGGAACUGUUGUGAAAUUACCCAAAAUGUGUUUUAUAAAGCCAUUUAAACCACUAUUAGAAUAACUAAGUCAGAAUGUGAUUGUAUUGUAGGAGGCUUGAUGUGGAAUAGAUUUCAAAAAUGGAAUUUAAGUGUUUAAGAAAAACAAAAAAACUCUUUUUUAACCCACAGCCUCAAAUUUCUUAAAUGGUGUAAAUGUUAUAAGGAUAAAUAUUAAUUAACAAAUGACGCAUUCUUUCAAUGUAGCAAACACAUAUUCUCAAAAAAUCUAAAACAAUCAAUGUGCAAUUAUUACCAUAUAAUUAUAAAAAGUAAUUAAAGCUACAAACAUAUUUUUUGUGGUUGAAUUGAAGCAGCCUUAAUAGAAUGACAAGGAAGUCCCUUCUACUGCUUAUAUCUGAGUGAUUGUCCACUAGAGGGCAGAAAGACUCCGGUCUUGCUGAUAA